AAAUCCAUACGGCUCAUAAGUCAGAAUCGUCUAAUACACUAGUAUGGCUAACAAAAGUACACGUCGUUGGCCUCGAAUCAGCUCAUCGUGUCCCCGGCCUGUCAAUUCUUCGCUGAGAUGAUGAUAGGCAUCAAUAUAUCAUGAUCAUCAUCAUCUUCUUCUCUCUUUAUUUCCACCUGGUAUCCUUCAAAAUUACAGUUUUUGCGAGUUUACAUCUAUUUCUUGUUUUUUUCUUUGUCAAAGACUCAAAGUUGUCAUUUUUAAUUACUCAUAUAUCUCUUAAGUUCAUGUGUGUUGUAUGGUCCGACCCUUAAAUAACAGCAGCUUUGUGGGAUUCUUGAAUGUUACUGUGUUUAAUUUUGGACUGGUGAUUGUGAUUUUUGACUUUUUUGGAUUUCAGCAUGUGGUGUUAUUUGAUGUUCACUGUGAUCGGAAGCUUUCGUUUUUAGUGCACUAAUUAAUUGAGUCUGAACUUCUGGUUGUCUGUUUUUGAGCUUUUCUGGAGUACUGUUUCAGUGCAAAGUCCUUUGAUUUCUAUAAGUAGAGGGGCAGUUUUACGGCAAGGGAAAGAUUAGUUUGCUUUUAGCUUGAUUAGAACUUGGACGGGCUGUCCCCAACCAUGGAUGGUGUGGGUUCCGCUGAGACAAGGGGAAGGAGGGCUUGGGCCCGUUUUCUCUGCGCCAUCAUAUCAGCAUGGCCCUCACAAAUCUAAAGAUCAGACCUCCUGACCUCGUCUUGUUCGGGAAUUCUGAACGGUCAACGUCUGAUUCAAGGGUCGUCGUCAUCCUUGAGUCUUUGGUCCAGCAUAUAUCAUAAUAUUGGAGGCUGGGACGGUGCUGACCUAAAGGCACCCACUACCCCAAACAAGUCCUCAUAUAGUACCAUUUUAGCAACCCCUUGCAACAUGUAAUAACUGCAGCAUGAGACUCAAUUCUAAAUCUAUUUGGUGAAUAAGGCUAGAAAACUAUCUGGUGUACAAAUUGUCCGGGCUUGUUCCUGCUGGGUGUUUAAAAAACAAAAGAAAAAGCUAUACACUGAAAAAUACGGAGUAUAUCUAUUGUGUCCUAAGUAAUUAUACAGAUGAUCUCCUGAUGCACACACAUAUCUUAUACUCCCGUACUUCCUGUCUCUAAGUAAUCUAUCUAAGAACUAUUAGCACGGUUUUACUUUGAUGUCUGAUGCAAAUAUGGUGGAGAUGGGAAACAUUUUGGAGUAUAGAGAUCGUCUUGACAAGACAUUGUCAUGCCAUGAUCUUGUAGACAAGGAGGUACUUAAGCGCCGCGUUAAGAAUCAAAUCUUAAACUCAUCAAAUUUUGAAGCAACAGUGUUUGUAGACAAUGUGGUAGAAAGAAGAACCAAUGAGUUAGCCGCCACGCUAGGAAUGUUAAGAAGUGCCUCGUUAGCUGAGAGCGAUGAGUCAAAGCUUUCCAAUGUUUCACAUGGUGGUUGGAAAAUAAAGCAGGAUGCAGAAGACUAUCGUGUUAUGUAUAGAGAAGGAGCUGACGGCACUCCUUUUCAUACACUCUUAGUCGAGGGCUUUGUAGAUGGUCCACUUGAUGUUUGUCUUUGCAUCUCAUGGGAAGCAGACCUGUACAAGAAAUGGUGGCCCCAAACUACAGUUCCAAGUUUUAAAGUGUCUUACUCUCAAUGUUUACAGAAGGUCAGAGUUGGUGAACAAAUAUCUGUAGUAAGGAUGAAGCUUCCAUGGCCACUAUCGACAAGGGAGGCUCUUAUACACUUCUUUGAAUUCAACUAUUUUCAAGAAGAUCUCAUAGUUGUGCUCCUCAAUUCGAUAUCGGACAUUAAGAAUGUUGAGUACAGUAGUCAUGGAUUCUGCAGAGAUGGAGUGACUGAUGCAGAUGAUGUUGUGAGGAUUGAUGUGGUGGGAGGCUUUGCUAUGCAGAAAGUUUCUACUAACAGAAGCUACUUCCGCAGUAUUGCCAACAUGGAUAUCAAAUUGGAUUUUGUCCCUCCACCAUUAAUCAAUUUUUUUUCAAGGCAGCUCAUUGGUAGUGGAUUCAAGCUUUAUAAGAAGGAAGUGGCUUCUGUUUCCAUCGGUGAUGAAGAUUUUAGCAAGGCUUUAAAGGAUCUGCAGUACAACCGCAUCCGUGAGGCUCUUUAUUCAGAUAGCAAAUCUAAUGGGGAUUUUGAAGUGGAAGACCGGGACAAAAACAAUGAUUCACAAACAAAUGUAACGAAUGAACAUGAAGUCCAGGGCGAGAAGAUUUGUGGUGAGAUUGAGGAAAAUAAUGAGGAAGACAGUGGAGAAGCAAGGGCUGUUAAUAAGUGCUAUCAGAAACAAGAUUCCCCUAGGAAGAAUCAAAUCAUAGAGGAAGUCUCCAUCUCUGAAAUCAAGAAAGUAGACAUUAGCCCCGAGGUUCAGCAAGCUCUAGCAACACUAGAAAAGGCCAUUUCUUUCAUUCGUAACGCAAAUACUAUCAGAUCUACAAUACAAGCCAACAUAGAAAACUCACAAGGUAGUGAUGAAACAAAAGAUUCAAAGUUUUCUAGAAAGGAAUCCACAGAAAUUACUACCUCAUGUGAACAUAGGAUCAACUCCGGCAAUCAUAUUUCCAGGCUUCCAGGUUCCAUUUCGUCCCCAAGGGAGACGAACCAUAAUAGGAUAGCACCAGUCUUAUCACCCAGUGCAUAUAUUGCCAAUUCCAGUGAACUUCAAUGUGCUGAUUCACAUUCCUUGGAAGAUCAGAAAGUAGCUGGGAUGCCUUUACAGAACAUAACAAUGGAAGAUAGUAACCUGAACUCUACUAAUGUAAAUUCCAUCACCAAAGAAGAUAUGUCUGGUAGAAGGAAAUCUAGAGAGCAGAGAUACUGCUGCUGUACUUUUAUAAAGCAGAUUUCAACUUAAGAAAUUAGAAAUUCUGCUUUUUAAUAUAUAAUAAAUCUUUCAAGGGAAAAGUGCAUGUAAGAUGUGUCUAUUAUGAGCGUUGUAGGGAUGUGGCGGGCAGGUCCUAGACAGAAACCCUGGAACCUGUGAUCAUGCUGUCCAAUGCGGAGAAUCCUUCGGCCCUUGACCUUGUCAGAGCCUUAUGUAAUUGGUUUUGAAAUUGUGUGCUAUUAUUGAUUAAGUAAAGCCUCUAUGUAUACUAGUCACAGACUAAAUAUGGGCCUAGUAUAUUGCUAAUAGAAAUGCUAUUGAAAUUGAA